AUGGCCUUGUCGAUGGACCUUGUAUACACGCCAAUUUCUUUGGUAGUGUCCACCACCUUUUUGACGGUGUUGUUGGUCUUGUCGCUUUGCCAUAACGUAGUUGAAGCUCACUUCAAAAAGAAAGACCCUAGAGACACCAGAAGCUCCAAUGUGAGGAACAGCCCGAAGAAUCACUCGCGCGACUCUUCAGUAGGCUCUGCUACACCUCUUGGAUAUGGUCGCUAUGAAAUGGGCAAUAUAGAGUAUGAUCAUGAUGUUACAAACCCAGACACGCGACCCAACACUGCAUUCGAAAAUAGCGCUUACCAGCCGCGCCCUGUUGGAAUCCGUGAGAAUCCAUUCAGUAGUGUCUUAAAUGCCGAAGACCUUAAGCUUGUGCCCGAUUUGAAGUAUUACUUUGAGGAGUACGGUAUUGCCAUAGAAGAAUUUGAGAUUCAAACUUUAGACGGAUUCUUUAUUGACCUUUGGCAUUUGAAGCCCAAGGGACAUUCAAAUCCCUCAAAAGGUGGGCACCCAAUGUUGAUGCUUCAUGGUCUUUUGCAGAGCUCAGGGUCCUUUGCGUCUGGAGGUCGAAAAUCUCUGGCCUAUUACUUCUAUGAAUCGGGAUACGACAUAUGGUUGGGCAAUAAUCGUUGCGGGUUCAAGCCCAAGUGGAAUGAUUAUAUCGUUAAGAAAAAAGAUAGAUGGAAUUGGGACAUGAGAGACCUUGUUCAAUAUGACUUGAGAGCUCUUGUUUCUACUGUUCUGGAGAAGACUGGGAAAGAGAAACUGACACUUAUAGCGCAUUCUCAGGGCACGACGCAAGGAUUUAUGGGACUGGCAAACGGUGAAACAGUGUAUGACGACGACUUUAAACUACUUGACAAACUGGAGAAUUUUGUGGCUUUAGCCCCGGCUGUAUAUCCUGGGCCCUUGAUUGAAGAGAAAAUGUUCGUCCGCUUCAUGUCCAAAUUCAUUGAUUCACCUUAUGUGUUUGGAAGGUGCUGUUUUCUCCCAUUGAUGAUGCUGAUGAGAUCUCUAAUGGUCGGCUGGAAGUUAUUCUCAUUCUUGUCGUACGUCAUGUUCAAUUACCUGUUUGAUUGGAACGAUAGCCUGUGGGACAAGCCGCUUAGAAAUCGCCAUUUCCUUUUUUCCCCGGUUUGCAUCUCGGUGAAUUUGCUACAGUGGUGGCUAAGCCAAGACAAACGUAAGUCGAGUUUCAAAACGUACUCGAACGGCAUCUUCCCCGAUUCCAAAACAUGGUUUCCUUCAGGCGGCGAACCCGCAAAGAAACAAACUGAAAUGCAUUCCAACCAAGAGAAAAUUACUACAGACGAAUAUCCUCGCAUUUUGAUGUUUAUCCCUAAGCAAGAUCGCCUUGUUGAUGGUGAGCGGCUCAUCAAUCACUUUACUAAUUGCGAACCCCAGUCUCUUUACAAAAUUUGGUACAUCGAUGAGUAUUCACAUCUCGAUGUGCUAUGGUCGCACGACGUUAUCGAGAGAGUCGGGAAGCCGAUACUAAAUACUAUUCGGACCAACAGCUCACACUAG